AUGGCAAUGGGAGCCUACGAUUAUACGUUCAUAUUACUCGUCGGCUACACAAUCUGCUGUACCAUAGCAGCCCACUACGGUUUUGGGCAAAACAUGUGGGACAUCCCACCGGAAGAUGUCCCUGGCGCCAUCAUGUGGGAGGCUAUCGGCCAGUGCUUCGCCGUUAUCGGCAUGGCUUUGGCAAAAUGGUCGUUGGGACUCUUCCUGUUGCGCCUGGUCACCCAAACAUGGCACAAAGUUAGCAUCUGGCUUAUGAUGGGAUCGCUUAUGGGCGCUUCAAUCUCCGUCUGCUUUGUCUUUAUGCUUCAGUGCUCGCCGCCGGCGUAUCUCUGGGAUCGAUCGAUUCCUGGGGGUCAUUGUGAUUUGAAUGCUACACCAGUUUCUUUGACGCUUACUACCCUCUGUGUCAUUGCCGAUUUCUUCUUCGCUCUCAUGCCUUGGAUCUUCCUCUGGAAACUCAACAUGAAUCAACGAGAAAAGAUGAUCAUUGCCAUCAGCAUGAGUCUAGGCGUCAUCGCCGGAGCCUGCGGCAUCAAACGCACCCUCCAAGUUCCCAACCUCUCCACAAACAACUACUCGCACGACACGGUCGGCCUGAUUGUCUGGUCCUCAGCCGAGAUCGCCAUCACCAUGAUUUGCAUCGGCAUUCCCGUGUGCCGACCACUUUACAAGUCCUUCUUUGAAAAAAUCAUCUCCUCCCGUAACGGUAGUGGGGGGUACCAAAAACAACAGAGCGGCGGGGCCAGUCAAAGCCUUGGUCUGCGCACGAUUGGUGGUGGCGUCAUCCCUGGCAGGUCUGGGGGGCAUGAUAGCAAGAACAAGUCCAGACCGGGUAGGGAUGAUGAGUCGGACGAGUUUGAGCUACAGAGAGAGAGAACGAUGCCAGAUAGUAGUGGGAGUGAUGGGCUUGGACUUGGACCUGCUGGAGCAGGGCAGAGUCCAUUCAAUGAUGCGAAUGCGAUUUCGGGUUCCACCGCGACGGUAGCGGUGGGACGAAUGGGUGGGAUGGAUAACAGAAGUGAGGAGUCAAUUUUGGGCGAAGAGUAUCGGAGAGGACAUGGAAAGAGCAAUGGUGACUUGGAGAGGGGGGAGGGUCCUGGUCCCAGACAAGCACAAGGAGCAGGACACCGGGGAAAUAAAAGAAGCUCGGGAGGAAAGGCGGCGGUGAUCCAGGUUACGGAGGAGUGGCAUGUCACGAGGGAGUGA